AUGCCACCCUUCACAAUCCAACCCCCAACCCCAGCCCACGCGACCCUCACCUACCCAGCACCCCACAUCCUCCUCGUCACGCUAAACCGACCCCGCGAUCUGAACUGUAUAAACUCCCAAGGCCACGCAGACCUCCACGCAGUAUGGGAAUGGCUCGACGAAGAGCCGAGCAUGCGCGUGGGCAUUCUAACCGGAAAGGGACGGGCGUUUUGCGCCGGCGCUGAUCUAAAAGAAUGGAACAACCGCACCUCAUCAACCUCAACCAAAACCACCAUGCCAAAUAGCGGAUUCGGCGGACUAGCCCGACGAAAGGGCAAGAAGCCUGUGAUUUGCGCGGUGAACGGACUCUGUCUUGGCGGUGGGACGGAGAUGAUCAUCAACAGCGACAUAGUGAUUGCGUCAUCGCGAGCGGUAUUCGGGUUGCCGGAGGUGAAGCGCGGGGUUGUUGCUCUCGCUGGGGCGUUGCCGCGACUUGUGCGGACGGUGGGCAAGCAGCGGGCUAUGGAGAUGGUUCUUACGGGGCGGAUGGUUGGGCCUGUGGAGGCGGAGAGAUGGGGGCUUGUGAAUUCUGUUGUUGUUGUUGGUGACGGGGUUGGGGAGGAGGAGGUUGGUCGGGCUGUUUUGGAGAAGGCUUUGAAGGUUGCUGGGGAGAUUGCCGGGAAUAGUCCUGAUUCGGUGCUUGUUAGUCGUGAGGGUGUUAAGUUGGGGUGGGAGGGGAUUGGGGCGGAUGAGGCUACGGCGAUGUUGAAUGAGACGUGGGUUAAGAGGUUGAACGAGGGGGAGAAUAUUAAGGAGGGACUUCGGGCUUUUGUGGAGAAGAGGAAGCCUGUUUGGGUUGAUAGUAAGCUGUGA